GUUACUUACGGUGAGCAAGGUGUUCGCUGUAUGUGAGCCCGGGCAUUCCCCCCCUCCCCAUCUCACUGUCAGUUUCCUAAGUGCUCAUUCAGUAAUUUCGCAGGCGCAGAUUAUUCAUUUUUUUCUCUUUUUAAAUGUUCGUCUGCCACUUACAUGAUCGUUUGCCUACAUACAUACUAUGAUACACUACUGAGCAGCUGAUAGCGCUGAGACCUCAUUGUGAGGGGCUUUGCUGAUCCUUGGCACCAAAGAAAUGUCACAGAAUCAAACUGGCUUACAAAAGGGCUGGUUCAGAGAGAAGAAGCUACAAGUAAGUCAAGAAAAUGGCUUUUGAAAGUCUGAUUAUUCCAUUUUUAAUGUUCCUCAGCAAAGCUACAACUGAAGAGCUGUGCCCCUUGCGUCCCUCCAUUGAUGUACUCGAAGGGGAAUAUUUUUUCCUUUGCUUCCCUGGAUCAAUAAGAGAGAAUCUUCACAGUAAACCAUACACAGUGACCUGGUUGAAAGAAAGCGAAGGAAAGGUGAAUUCGAUCCAAGAAACACACAGACUUGUUUUAAAUGAGAGAUUUCUGGAGUUUUGGCCAGCUGAACUCAGUGACCUGGGGAAUUACAUAUACAGAUUCAGCAAUGGAACAAAUGUCACCAUGUCACAAAAGUGGUUCCUCAAUGUACUCAAAAGAAGUAAAGACAGUUGUUUUAACACAAAUCAUUUAUCCAGGCAAGUUGUAGAGGCUGGAAGAGUUCAUACAUUGAUAUGCAAUGCUGUGCCCCACAAUAAAAAUAUCACCAUAGUGUGGUACAAGAACUGUAACAUCCGUAACUCUGCAAAUGAGGAGGAACUGCAUUUUCCUAGUUUAAAAAUUGAAGACUCUGGGAAUUACACAUGUGUUGUUUCAAUUAGUCAUGCUGGAAAGGCAUUCAACACCACAAGUACAAUAGAGCUGAUAGUGAAAGAUGGUGCAGCUGAAGUUGUUAAAUUAGAGAUUAUUGAACCUGGAGAAACUUAUGUUGAAACGCACAUAGGUAAAGAGGUGAUACUCAACUGCACAGUUUUCUUGGGUUACUCAAAUGCUGCCAAGCCAGUAUACGUCCUGCACUGGAAAGACAAAAGUUUAAAAUCAUGUUCAGAGAACACUAAGGAGGAACAAUCAAUAUGUGAAAAGGAAUAUAAUUUUGAUUCAGGAAACAAGAAGUAUGCCUCAAACCUAUUGUGGAUUAAAACAGUUAAAGAGGAGGAUCUGAAUUGUAAUUAUACCUGCCUCUUGAAAACUACACAUAAGUCACAAUUAAAAGUAUUUAAACUGAAGAAAGGGAACCCUCCAGAUCUCCACCCACAUGUAUUUACUACUGGAAUAAUCAUGGCUGUAUUCUUUUCACUUGUUCCUGUGCUCCUGGUGGUUCUCUCUGUGAUAUUCAGAGUUGACUUAGUUUUAUUUUACAGAGACAUCACUGGAAAAGAUGACACAAUAGGAGAUGGAAAAGAAUAUGAUGCUUUUGUGUCUUAUCUGAAAGACUCCAUAUCUACCAAUGUAGAAGAAAGAAAAUUUGCUCUGGAGAUAUUGCCCAGGACAUUAGAAGACCGUUUUGGUUACAAAUUGUGUAUAUUUGAGCGGGAUGUGUCUCCUGGAGGAGCUGUUGUUGAUGAUGUCCAGUCAUUUAUUGACAAAAGCAGAAGAUUAAUCAUUAUACUGAGCCGGAACUACAUUUCUGACAGAGUCAUGUAUGAACUUGAGACUGGACUGCAUAAGGCACUGGUUGAAAGGAAGAUUAAAAUAAUAUUAAUUGAAUACAUGCAUAUAAGUGAUUAUAAUGUGUUGCCAAAAUCACUAGAGCUUCUACCAUCGAGGAGAGUUGUGAAGUGGAAAGAGGAUAAGUCUCUUCCUUCGAAUUCCAGAUUUUGGAAGAACCUUCGAUACCUGAUGCCAGUGAAAGCUUCCAAGUCAAACAUCAGACGUCACAAUAAUUCUGAGCCCUAUCUCAGAAGAAGGAACCCAAGCGACAACUGUGUGUUGGGAGUCUAAAACAUUCUUAUAACCAAAAAUUGGAAAAAGAAACAUGCUGCGGAAAUGAGCACAUGCUGUUACUUACAUAGAAGAUAUUAAGUGCAUGUGUUUUAGGGAGGCAACAUGGUCCAGUGAAUAGAGCAGCGGCUGGGACUUGAGAGAUGAGACAAAUCCUCAGCUUGUAUAAAUUGUCAUAGCUCGGAGGGCUAGGUUAACCCUGCCCCUCAGCCUUGGGGCUCAGACAGUUAACACAAACUGAGGAACUUCCCCAAGGAAUCUGACCUGACUCCGCCUUGGAUUCAUUGUGUGACAUGGGGCAGAUCAAAACCUUUCUGUGUCACAGUUUUUUUCAUUUCUCAUAGAAAACAUUAAUUCUACUUGCACACUUUUGUAAAGCAAUUUGAGCCCUGUGAAUAGUCUAUAUUAGAAAUGUGAUUACUAUUGUUAUUUAUGAUUUCUGUUGUGACAGCAUGUAAGGACUCCAAUCAGGAUCAGAGCCACAUUGUACUAGGCACAAUACAACCAUAUAACACACAGACGGUUUCUGACCCUAGGGAGCUCAACAUCUAGGAUUUAGACAAUAUAACACAGGUAAAUAAAGUGACAAAUGGGAGGAGGGGAGUGAUGGAUUGGAAGAAGGGGAUGGGGAGGACAAGGUAAUAGUAGAAAUGUGGUGUAUUUGCAUAUAUCGAUCCUAAUAGUCGUCUCAAUAGUUAUAGGUGGUCACUGUCAUGACCAAUGCCAGAUUGUGGUUUUUUUUUUAGGAAUCAUGGCAAAGCAAUAUUUUAGUCCCUGGAUUAGUGUUAUUCAGCUCAGAGUACUCUAAAUAACUGUUUAGGUGAGGGGAGUGGGGAACAAUGCUUUCUCCAGAGAGGCCAGUAGGUACGACUUGUAUCUGAGCUGCUUCCAGGUGAGGGGCGUGAGGCAAUAGAGUUGAGGAUCUAAGGUACAUUGAUAAACAGAGGGAAAAAUAGUUUCCAAUAUCUAAGAUACCAGCCUUGGUUCGCCAGUGCCUCAACAUUGUGAGUAGUUAUUUACACCAAGUCAGACUGGUAGCAUUUUAUACAGAUUUUCACAGAUAUAAAUAGUGACAUAAGUGUGACGUUGCACUCCAUAAUUCUUUAUAGAAAUAUACUUAUGAGUGUAAAUAUGACAUAACUGGAAUAUGUUUUAUGCUAGUGUGACGUUAUUGAU